CGACGCGUCCAAAGUGACAUUUCGCGAUUCGAUGUACUGUACCUCUGCAAAACACCCCUGGUUGAAAAAAAAUCGAGGCUGUUCGGUUGCUGGGAAUGGUGGGAGGUGAAAAGUCCCUGGAUUCACGCUCGCGGUUAUCGUGCAUGAAUGAUUUGAAUUUUCAUGCAUGUUUCAUGCGUCGCACACGCACGUACAUCCACAUAUACAUGCACGAACAAAACAAAACGCACUCCUUCCUUUUUCUUCAUACACUGCAAGAAGAGACGAGCGAAGAUGAGAGCAGUGACGUGAGGUCUGCAAGGCGGACUUACGCUUUCGGCCGACCCACCUUGUUCGCGUUGCGGCCUUACGGCUUGUCGCAAUCACGAUGGCGAAUCUUGCGACGGUCUCUCCCUUAUUUUGGCUUUUGCGGCACGGUACUCUUGCUCGCGGCGAUCGCGCGCACAGGGCGAGGAACGAGUGCGAAACGAUGGCCUCGUCGAGAUCGAGACAAUGCUUCGGCGGAACAAGACACACAGCUUUUCUUACAAUCCCUUGGCGGAAGGGACGUCAGAUGAGAUGGAAGAGUGGCGACAUCAGGAGAUGUUUUGUUUGUCGACAUCACCUCGUCUUGUGGCGGUCCUCGAGCAAGGGAUGGCAAUAUGUGACGAGUUAUGGGUGUGCUUGAAUCGAGGAGGGGACAGAGGAGAGCUAUCUUGGUGUUAGCGUGUCUGUCCACAAAGUCUGGUGAGAAUGGGCCGCCCCGUGUAGAUCAGGCAAGUCCCGAGGUACCGGAGCAUGUUCCGAUUUUAUAUGCUGGACAACCCUGCAAUCGACGGCACGAUGCUGUGUCCUGCGGCG